AUGAGGGAGGAGGCCCGAGGAUGGCUGGGUUUGAUUUAUGACUGGAGGAGAAGGUCCACUUCCCACUGCGAAGCGGGCAACCUGCUCGCCGCCCAGCUCCAGGGAGAGGAACCCGCGGAGGAGAGGAUCCCGGCCCCGGUGGGGAAUCCAGCUGCUGCCUUUCUCAAAAGACCCCCAAAUUAUUUCUGUUGGAGGAGUGUCUUCCAGGAAGAACUAAUGAUGCAGCUCCCCACGGCCCCAGCUCUCCAGCUGCCCCCACACAGCCUGUUUUGUGCUAGGGCUAUCGCGAUUUGCAAAUUCCUUCUCCAGCUCAAGUGCAUGGACCCAGAAAAUGCCCCUGCUUGAGGGCCAGUGUUGACCAAGACCCUCAGCAGUAAUGUGACCUCUGUGGGAGCAGCACCUCCCAGAGGGCAGAGUUUGUCUCUUUGCUUGUACCAUUGGUGGUAAAUUCUGCUGAGCUCUAUGGAUCCAUCUGGAUGAAAAGGUCUGUAUAAAUGCAAGAUCAUUAUCAUUAUCAGCUGCCCCAGUUGGAGCCUACUGAUUCGCAAGCCCACAGUCAAUGGGGCCUUUCCAAAAAUUCCAUUCUACAUGGCUUGAAAAAGGUGUAAUUACACGAAGCUGCAUAUCUUCUGGAGAGACAGACACGUUCAUGUCUGUCCCAGGAGUGAUGGAGAGGAAUCUCUCAGGCCCCUCAUUAGGCACAUGGAGAGAGGUGCCCUCCAGGCCUGGCCCAGGUCAGGGACAAGUCAGAAGCUGCAUCUGGAGCAGAUCUAGGAUCUUAUCCUGGUGCACACGAGGGGCCAGCAUCGCGCUUGCACAUUUAUAGCUCAGGUGCUCUCUGGUGUUACCAGGAAGCUGCUGGGAUGAGACGGAGGCCAGAGAGUGUCCCAGGACAAUGCUUCCUUCACUCUUGUUCAUUUUUAACUUUAAAAAAUGGCCUCCAUGAUCCCCAAAAUGGUCUUUUGGUGUGAGGGAAGUGGUUGCUCUAAGGAAAGUCUCUGCUCGACACACACAAAAAUUCUCCUCCAUGACCUUGGACCAUAUCUGUGAUAAAAAGACUGGCUGGGUGAGGAGUCCAGCCUGUUGACCUCCUAUCUGGCCUGAGUCCUCUGUUGCAGGGGUCCUCAAUCCCCAGGUUAGGGGUCAGUACCAGUUCCUCUUAGGAAGUGGGCCUCACGGCAGGAGGUGAGCAGCAGGCCAGCCAGCAAGCAUUGCUGCCGGAGCUCCGCCUCCUGUCAGAUCAGUGAUGGCAUUAGUUUCUCGUGGGAGCGUAAACCCCGUUGUGAACUGGCCAUGUGAGGUGUCUAGAUUGCAUGCUCCUUAUGAGAAUCUAACUAAUGCCUGAUGAUCUGAGGUGGAACAGUUUUAUCCCAAAACCACCCCCGCCCACUGUGAACUCAGAGAGCACCUCAGCCUAUGGUCAGGUACCAUCUACAGCACUUGUGCCUUAAACACCCAUCAGCAGAUGUGAAGAUUUCCCAAAGCAUGCCUCAAUUUAGGGUGGUGCAAACUAGUGUAGCUUCUUGCCUAUGAACGAAGACUAAGGGCUCCAUCCAACCAGCUCGCUUGUCUGGAUCCAGUCUCCAGGACUCUUCCAGUUUCCCUGUAGUAAAAGAACACACCUUGAUGGACGUUGUUCAUUUAUCAGUGCACAGGGCCACAUUGACAAAGUCUUAAUAUUAAUGGCUUAUGAGUCUAAUAACAAAAAAAUUAAAACUC